AUGGCCGAAGCAAUGGAGCAAGCCACAGCCACUGCGCUGGUCGCCACGCUGGCGGCAUCCCCGGAAGAAGCGACACAGGACUGUGCCAUCUGCUUCCAACCCAUGGAGGAGUCUUGCGAGCUUCAGAAGCUCUCCUGUGGGCACAGGUUUCACCACGCCUGCAUCUCGGAAUGGCUCAUUCGCAAGUCUUCCUGUCCGCUCUGCAAGCAGGAGAGUCCAGGUGCCGAGCCCGAAAAGGAGCCUUUUCAUAUCGAUAUGGGCCACCAGGAGAUGGCAUCGUUCGUGAAUGAGCUGGAAGAUAUCUUCAAGGCCAUUCAUGCUGGCAUCCGAGAAGACUAUGCCGUUGCCCUGCCAGCCAUCACCUACAACCUUUGCGUCAGCUUGGGUUACGAGGACGAGGAUGAGCUUGAAGAGGCCUUGGGCGGUCCGCUGGUCCAGUUCCUCGAUGCUUUGCCCCAUUUCGAGGUGAGGCAGCCGCAAGACAACGCUGAGGAGAAGGACACGGAGAUCCGCGUCCUGAUGAGGCCGCUGCCAAGCGAGGAUGACCUUCGGCCCGGCAUGGGACAGUCCUUGACCUUCACGGUGUCGGAGCGCGAGGACCUCUGGCGGGUUGUGCUUCUAGGGCCACGGGCACAGGUGGAAAUCCCAGAGAUCGAGUUCGUCUUUCAGGGUCGUGGCAGCAGAUGUGUGGAUACGGUCUAUAAUAUGAUUGCCUCCGCCGUCUUCAAUCUCGGCGACCAUGUGCAGAAGAACCGGCGCAUGGGCGGUGCAGUCUCUGAGGAGGAGCUGGCGAAAAUCUGCGAGAAAAUCGAGCAGCUGAACAUCCUGCUUGACCUGGAGCAGCCCUUCACCUUCCGUGUGCAGGACAAACAAGGGCUCUCUGAGUUCAAGCCCGCCAACGGCGUGGUCGUACUGCCGGUGUCGGACGACGCCCCACCACUGGGCGAAAACUACGACUGA